AGAGAAUGUCAGUUCGUCGAAUACCAACGGAAUUCAUUCGAUUUCAAUAAUAUCAUAGCUGAGAAAUCGAUCAUUGUGUACAAUGUGAUAUUACCAUACAAUAAUAAAAGUAACAAUUUGUCGAGCCUUGCGUUAUACUAGCCCUGUGCGAGAGCCACGUGAUACGAAUCUCUUCGAGAGGGGCAAAAACACACAGGAACAGCCCAUAAACGCGCGCGACUCUUUUCCCGCAAAUAAUACGUACACUCUAUCGUGGUGCUCUGCCCGGCCAACUGUCACUGGGACUCUUGCUAUUUUUUUUUGCAAAGUGUAAACUACUUAUAUAAUUUUCUUGACUCACGCGUCAAAAUGCGCUUGAAAUAUGUGACUUCCGAUUGGGAACAUGAAGGCGAAGUAGAAGUCUAUAGAACAAUGACGAUCUCUGAUCUGAAAAUGAGAGUUGCACGGCAGAUAAACCGGAACCUAAUAGGUAUACCGGCAACUAGAAUUAUACUCACUAUUAAUCAUGAGCUUUAUAAAGACCAUGAGCUACUUAAGAAUUGCAACAUCAAAUCUGACGACGAAAUUAGGGUGAUCAUUAAACCCGUUGGAAAACAAUUAGAAUUUAAAAAAAUGGGUUCAAUUAAAGGAAUUGAAGAAGGUGCGCUAUUUUGGGAUAGAGCGCACUUAGCUGCCUGUAAAGUUCACACACCUACGCAACCAGGAAUAUCUGGAGACUCAUUACAGGGUGCUAAUUCGGUUGUUUUGUCUGGUGGAUAUGAGUAUGAUUGUGACUUUAGAAAUGUAAUCUUUUACACCGGCUCCGGUGGUAGAACAUCUGGAGAACAAACUGAAAAUCAAACUUUGACCAGAGGUAACAAAGCAUUGGCUAUGAACUGUAAGGCUCCGUACAAAAUCUGCGGACGAAUAAUAUCUUCGGACUAUCGCAAAGGCGUUCCCAUCAGAGUUGUUCGACAAGUCAAGUUACCUCACACAAAGCCUAAUAAAUCGGUGAACUUGUAUAGCUACGAUGGUAUUUACAGAGUCUAUGGAUACUGGCCUUUCUGGGGGACGUUUAUAACACCUGCCUUUGAAAUUCGCAGAUUUAUCUUAUGGCACUUUUGUUUAGUAAAAGAUGGUGUGGAUCAAAAUGAGAUAGAUUACCAUAUUCGUUGGUAUGAUACCCAAUUUGUAAUUUGUAUGCAUGGGCGAUGAGGCCCAAAGCCUAAUUUUAAUGGACAAGUUUUUCUUUAUCUUUUAAUCAAUUUUAACGGACAUCAAUACACUUUUCAGCAUUUUAAUAAGUAACACGUUCGAUGAAAUACUUUAUACAAUAAUUAUUAUUAGGACGUAUUUGUAACGAAAAACUCGAUUUGUAAAUAAUUAUCAAAUAACGCAUACACCAUAACAGUGUUUUUUAUUUUA